GUCUUGCUGUCUGCCAGGUCCAGAGUCCUCGACAUGGGGUCCCUGUAACGCCGCCUCUCAUUGCUGCUGUCUCCAGCGCGCACACACUCUGCCAUGUGCCCACUUUCAGGUCUCUCCUUCACACACUGGCUGGUGUGUAAUUUUUGCUAUGGACAUAGGGUGCUGCAAGAUUACUGGCCUCACAUAGCUGCUGCCAGGCCCCUAAUCUGCCAUGGGCCCCUAUAUUACCCCGCCUCCUCAUGCUGCUGCCAAGUCCAGAGAUCUCUCAUGGGUCCCUGUACGGCCUCACCCAUUGCCUGCUGUCUUCCAUCCGCCACACUCUGCUGCCAUGUGCCACUUUCAGGUCUCUUCACACUGCUGGUGUGUUAAAUUUUUUGAC